AUGAAGGUCGAUCACAAACUUCCAACCAUAGAUCACAUAGAUCCAUUUAUUUCUGCUGAGAUUCCCGAUAAAAAAGAAGAUCCUGAACUUUAUUCUCUUGUGACUGAUUAUAUGAUUCAUGGUCCGUGUGGGAAUGCUAAUUUGAAUUGUCCUUGCAUGGUUGAUAAAAGAUGUUCAAUAAACUUUCCGAAGAAAUUCACACCACAUACAACUAUUGAUUCAAGUGGUUUUCCUGUAUACAGAAGAAGAGAUUCAUGUCAUACAAUUAUAAAAUCUGGUGUUAGAUUAGACAACAGAAAUGUUGUUCCUUAUAAUAAAAGGCUUUUGAAAAGAUAUCAAGCACACAUUAAUGUUGAAUGGUGUAAUCAAGCCGGUUCAGUGAAAUAUUUGUUCAAGUACAUUAACAAAGGCCUUGAUAUGGCUACUGCGGUAGUUUCUGGUGAUACAAAUUCAACUAUCAAGGAAAAGCCAAAAGACGAGAUCAAGGAGUAUUAUGAUUGUAGAUAUAUUUUAGCGUGUGAGGCAUCCUGGAGAAUAUUCUCUAAUGAGGUUCAUUACAGGUAUCAUGCUGUUAUGAGGCUUCCCUUUCAUUUGCCGGGCCAACAGAAUGUUGUGUAUGGUGCGAAUGACGAUAUUGAUAAUGUUUUAAGCAAGCCUUUUGUUGCUUCUUCAAUAUUUGUUCAAUGGAUGAAGUUGAACGAGACAAAUGAAGAUGCUAGAAAGCUGACUUAUGUUGAGUUUCCUUCCAAAUUUGUUCGGAUACUUAAAGAUAGAUGUUGGCAGGUACGUAAGUCGUACCAGUGUGUUGGUCAGAUUCAUUCUGUAUCUCCUGCAUUGGGCGAACCUUAUUUUUUGAGGAUACUACUCAAUAAAGUUAAAGGGCCUAGAUCAUUCGAGGAGAUACGUACAGUUAACGGUCAAUUAUUCCCGACUUUUAGAGAAGCUUGCUAUGCGAUGGGACUCUUAGAUGAUGACAAUGAAUACGUUGAGGCAAUUAAAGAAGCAAGUUUUGAAGGACAUGUUGGGUAUCUCCGAGCGUUAUUUGCUACCCUGCUUUUGUCAAAUACUCUUUCACGGCCAGAAUUUAUUUGGGAGAACACGUGGAAAUACUUAGCUGAUGAUAUUGUUUAUAGACGUCAAAAAGAAACAAAUAUUUCAGGUUUAGUGCUUCCUGAAUAUCAGAUUAAGAACCUUACUUUGUUGAAAAUUGAAAACUAUUUAAUUUCCAAUGGUUCAUCAUUACGAAGGUUUGUCACUAUGUCGUACCCUGAUGACGAUUCCUUACGUGAUGUUUCUAAUCGUCUGAUCAAUGAAGAGCUGUCACAUAACCUAGAUGAAGUACAAGCUGAGUUUAACAGCUUGCUUUAA